CGCACCUAGUAAGUUUUCUACACGCUCUCAGAUGUCAGACUUUCUCAAUCUGUCACUUUACUAGGUGGAGUUCCUUUAAUGGACAAAGGGAAAACUGGACACCGCACACGUUUACUUUUUGGAGGACACAUUUGACCUCACUCCGAUGAAUCCCCCAACUUAAAGGCGCGCUGUCGUCACCCUUUUUAACGGCCCUACCUGUUUGGCCCUCCGUGGGUUUUUUAUGUGACAGCGGCGGAGUGGAGCAACACCCAUACAGCCGUGUCAGAAGUUACAAUGCUAGCAUCGGUUAGCUUCCUCAGGGAGCCAUGGUCCAUCGUUCUGAGCUGAAAAGAGCGGCGGUGUGAUCGGAAUCGCUUUUCUCCCCACUGCUACAGCAGCUUUUGGCCAGUUUCACCCCCUCUACCCUCCCUUCCCCCGCCGCCGCCGCCUCCGCCGCGUCUGUCCGGAGACGAAGCCGUCACAGAAAUGGGGCUACAAGCGCUGGAGUUCAGCGAGUGUUAUCUGGACAGCCCCAGCUUUAGGGAGAAAAUAAAGGCGCAAGAAGCGGAGCUGGACAAAACCAACAGGUUCAUCAAAGAGCUCUACAAAGAUGGCAAGAACCUCAUCAAUGCGACGAAACAGCUGGGGAUGGCUCAGCGAAAGUUUGCCCAGUGCCUGGGGGAGUUUCAGUUUGAGUACAUCGGCGACGCAAAGACAGAUGAUGAGAGAUGCAUCGACGAGUCUUUGCAAGAGUUUUCAUUAUUCCUCAAAAACCUAGAAGAUCAAAGAGAGCUGAUGAUGAGAAACAUCACAGAGACUUUGAUGAAACCUCUUGAGAAGUUCCGGAAGGAGUAUCUCGGUGUUGUGAGGGCGGACAGGAAAAGAUAUGAAAAAGAAACGGAAAAGUACUACAACGCUCUGGAGAAGCUUUUAAACAUGUCAGCAAAGAAGAAGGAGCCACAGCUACAAGAGGCAGACAGCCAGGUGGAAACCAUGAAGCAGCACUUUCAGGAGGAAUCACUUGACUAUAUAUGCAAACUGCAGGAGAUCCAGGAGAGGAAGAAGUUUGAAUGUGUGGAACCGAUGCUGGCGUUCUUUCAGACCGUAUUCACCUUUUAUCACCAGGGAUUUGAGCUCGCCAAGGACUUUGACCAUUAUAAAAGAACGCUGCAGAUCAAUAUUCAGAAUACAAGGAGUCGAUUCGAGGGCACGCGGUCCGAGGUGCAGGAGCUGAUGAAACGGAUCAAAGACACCCCCCCAGAGUACAGACAGACCAGCUCCAUCAGUUUUGAAGGUUACCUCUAUGUGCAGGAAAAACGGCCUCCUCCGUUUGGGUCAAGCUGGGUCAAGCGCUACUGCACUUUUGUCAAGGAGCAGAAGAUCCUGCACAUGGUGACUUUCGACCACAGAUCAGGUGGAAGGAUUGGUGAGAUGGAGUCCGUCACGCUCAAAUCCUGUAUCCGCAAAACAACAGACGUGUUUGACAGGAGAUUCUGCCUCGACCUGGACAUAACCGACAGGCCUGGGACGGUGCUCACUGUGCAGGCCCUGUCAGAGGAUGACCACAAGCUUUGGAUGCAAGCCAUGGGGGGGAAGGAACCUUUUGGUUCUCUUGGGAGGGCUCUCUCGAAAGAAAGAGGAAUCGACGCCCAGCUGGACGACAUGGGUUUAAGUUUUGUGAAGAAUUCCAUCAUUGCAAUAGAGACGAGAGGUAUCAAUGACCAAGGUUUAUACAGAGUGGGGGGCGUAAGCUCCAAGGUGCAGAAACUUCUUUCAUUAAUGAUUGAUGAUGAGAAGAAUAACGACGUGGAUCUAUCAGCCAGUGAAGACUGGGAUGUCAAGACAAUAACAAGUGCACUGAAACUCUAUCUGAGGAGCCUACCUGAACCGUUGAUGACCUAUGGACUUUAUAAGGAGUUCAUCAACCCGGCAAAGGGCGGCAGUCCCGAGUCUCGCAUCCAAGCCAUCCACUGCUUGGUGCACAAACUACCGGAGAGGAAUCGACUUGUCCUCGGGCUGCUCAUGAAGCAUCUGGCCAAUGUGGCAGAGCACAGCAAACUGAAUCUGAUGACCGUCGCCAACCUGGGCGUUGUGUUUGGUCCCACGCUGAUGAGGCCGCAGGAGGACACUGUCGCGGCCAUCAUGGAUCUCAAGUUCCAAAACAUUGUUGUGGAAAUCCUCAUUGAGCACCACGAAAAGAUCUUUACAGAUUCUCCCAACUCCGGCCCUCUGUCACCCGCUGGCCCGUCGCUGUCUGCUCCCACCAGGCAGUCCAAGAAAGCCAGCCGUCAGAAUCGGCCCCUAGCCGUCUACAAUCCACAAGUCCUUGACAUUCAGAACGCCGGGGGAGAUUAUCCCACCCUGUCUGCAGACGAGACGUCUAGGGGCAGCAACGAGUCCGUGUCGUCCCAGUCGUCCUCGGCCUCCAACUCUGAGGUGCCUGCAGAGAAGCCAGAUCAUCCAACUCUCACCGCAAACCUCAGCUCAGGCAGCAACUCUAAAUCUGCUCAAGCGCCCGUUUCCUCUGGAGCUGCAGGUGAGAGUCAACCAGCUGCAUCUGACAAAGAAAAGCAGGGGCAAAGUGUCACCGGCAGGAAAGCCAAGGCGGUGUACCCGUGUGAGGCCGAGCACGAGUCCGAGCUCUCUUUCCAGAUCGGAGCAAUAUUCAGCAACGUGACCCCGUCGAGAGAGCCAGGCUGGCUGGAGGGGGAGCUGGGAGGAAAGCGGGGCCUCAUCCCCGAAAACUACGUGGAGAUGCUUUAAUGGAAAUAUUUAUAGACACUUUUAUCACGCUCACCAAGGAUUCACAGCAGAGCCUAUUUCCAAGUAAUAAUAUCAGAUUUUUUUUUAUUUUUUUUGUGGUUGUUUUUUUUUUUUACAGGUAAGCCGUCCCAGAUUCAAAUAUAGACAAUUUGACUGCCAAGUAGAUUUGACGGUGCGUUUAAAGUGUUCUGCUGUACAUUACAUGCUGCAGCCCUUUAGUGACCAAGUAAAUGUGCAGCAGCGCCGGAGUAUGGGUGUCUGCCUGAGCUCACUCUCCUCUGCCCUGUUAUACAUGGUAUCCAUGAGCUCAAAGUCAAAGGGAGAUCCUCAGAAACUCCAGUACUCAACCCGCUUUAGCUUUAAACCCUCUCCACCAUCAAAUGCAGACCUUUUUUUUUUUUUUUUGUUAUUAGAUUGGAAAUACCUGAGUGCCUUAAUCACAGAAACUCAGAGUUGUGUGCAUCUGUUUACGGUUCUGUCUGAGACCAGUUGGAGUGGGGCUGCUUUCGCCUAUAAAAUGUUUUAUUUGUGCCCGGCAUUAGAAAUACCUAGUUAUUAAAAUGAGGCACAUCGCCGCUAUAAUUUAAUUUAAUUGGCACAUUUAUUGCAUGAUAUUUGAAUUUUCGAACACACCUCGUUCUCUUGUUGUUGUCUGUGCACUUAGAAACGGUGAAUUUUUUCGUGUUGCCUGAUGAUCUUUCACGUUAAACAGCAGCGUCAGUCAGUCAGGGUCAUCGGAGACCGCAAAGCCAAGUGUCCUUAUUUUCAAACGGCCGCUUCCUUUUCUACGUUUGUUCUUAACGUUGCUCCAGUUCUGAGCAGAAAAAAAAA